UGGCAUUAUAUUUGCUUUAGCUAAACUACUAGAAACUACUAAAAUUGUGCUUCAAAAUGUUCAACAAACGUUUGCAAGAUGAGUCCGUAUACCGCUGCGACUUUGAAAUAAGCGGCAAAAUACCCAAGAAGCUUUUUGAAGCAUUUGUCGUAGGGCAGGCAACGCUCAUGGGCGUACGUGGAUAUAUAGUGAAGGUGUCUGACCAGUUCAAGGAUUGCUAUAAAGGAGUGCUGCAGGGUUCGCGCGGAGAGAUUGAAUGCUAUAAGAAGAUGAUGGAAUCGGAAGCAGUGCAUCUGGGAACCUUGGCCGUAAAUAUGAAACUAAACAGAUGUCACAAAUUGUUGAUCUCAUUAUAUUUGCUGUUAAUGGCUGGCUGAGUGACCUGGCCUAAUGACUUA